GCCGGGAAUUACUACAAGAAGGCGCUACGCGCGCCUAGAUCUUCUUGCACGCCGCCUCGAUCUCCGAGAGCGCCGCCUCGGCCAUGUCCGUCGCGUUGAGGUUGAUGGCGAUGCCCUGCAGCGCGCUCUUGACCGCCUCCUUCGUGCCGGCGUACUUCCUGCGCGGGGUAUCGCGUCGAUGGCGUAUGGGAGGCAGCGCGUCGCGUCGCAAAGGUAGACGCCGCGGACAAACAUCUUCUUCAUCACCGGCGACGUGUCGGGGAUCCACGAGAUCAAAAUGAUCUUGUCCGCGGGCCGGCCGUCCGUCGUCGUGUAGUCGUGGUCCAGGAGCACGUAGCGGGGCUCCGUCUCAAGCGCGCCCCCCAACUGGUCCGCAUGGAACGACUCCCACGUCGUCGACCGCGGGUACUCCUGGUCAAUCACUACAGCCUUGCCGUCGAUCUUCAGCGUGAUGAUCUUCACAUCACCCGCCUUCUUGAGCUUGAAGGAGUCGAACUUCUGGAUCACGGCGUCGGCGACGCCGAUGCCGGUCGCCUACGGAUGUAUGGUCGUGAGCACUCUCGCGCGAGUGAGGAAGGGAUCGAUGCGAUGCGUGGCGGGCGCGCGGCGGCGGCGAAUAAAUCAACGAGUGCGAGGCAGCGACGCGCGGGUGGGUGUGUCGGCGGGUGAAAAUGUGGAAUUUUUCUCGAAAAGCCGCGCCGCGGCGGCGGCGCGGGUAGUGUGUGUGUCGGCAAGCGCUACGCUUCUGGCGGCGCCGCGCCGACGCGAGGAGUGUCUUUCAGCAAUGGCUGCGCUCCAGACACGCGCAGCGCGUCGCGCCGGCCAAAGCCAGCUAGGGCCAGCAUUGUGUCUGCAGGCCCAGGCGACGGGUGGACCACGCAUCUCGUUUUCCGAAGCUCUCGUCGACCGCUACGCUAAAGCCGCGCCGAGCAGCCUUACUCACCAUCCUUGAGAUGUCCUCGCGCAAAACGCAGCGGCGCGG